ACGCAUCAAAAAAGAUUUUUACGAUUUAUAAAGCGCAAUACCCUGAUGGUGAUCUAAUUGACCUCCGACUAAAAUCGCCCUUUUUAAAAGAACUUUCAAGACAAGUAGCAACAUCGUAUUUAACGGAAAUGGAUACCAUGACAGAGACGUUGGUCCCCGCAAAUGUUCACGAAUUUCUUGUAAAUUUUUUUUCACAAAACUUAACAACCGAGGAGUGGAAUUCCCAAAUCGAUGAUUUAAGAGCACCAGAAAAAGGUGAUUUCAUAAUGAAUUCAGUGGUACGAGUUUUACGUCGUACAUUGCCACAAUUUAUUAAGGCAUUUUCACUCGAAGAACAGAACCCACUUUUAAAUAUUGGCACAAUAGAACAUGCGCAUCUUAAUGCUUUCGUUCACCCAUGUCUUGACGCUUCUUUAUGGUACAUUGCUG